AUGGCUAUCCCUUCCGACCAGGCACCGAUAUCUGUAACGACGGCCCAAUUACCGCCAUCAUCGUCGUCCACCGUCCCGACAUCGCCCCGCCUCCCCUCCCCUCCACCGCCUGUCGAAGACUUGUCGAAUCCCACAUCACCAUCAUUCAUGUCAAACCCCGGUUUCCCUGUUCCUCAAAACACCCCGCAACUCGCCCCGAAUAGUGGAAACCGAAGAAUUCGUAAAGGCACAAAAUUAAAGGAUAUCAAUGGUCCACCACUAGUCCCUCUUGCGGAACUCGACUCUGCAUUUCAGCUUCAGGAACAUCUAGCUGCCCUUCUGUCCUCGACAACGAAUCCUGCGGGCUCCGAUCAUAUAUUACCCCUCUCGCGGAAAGAUUGCGACCGUAUCGCAAGUUGCCCUGAUGGCAUCGAUGAAUGGAUGUGGUGCUACGAGUUGACGAGGCGCCUCACGCGUGAUCUCAACCAUCUCGUUGUUGGCCUUCUGAGCGACAAUUGCACCGAGGAAACCUGCCCAGAGAUGCGUGCCUCGUUAUGGCAAUAUCUUUGUGCAGUCCAUGAUCCCCCCCGCUCUUGUUGCGCAAUGGAUUAUUCCGUGCAUACCUUGGAUCAUGCUGCAAGUACCCUUUGCUCUACAAAACACUUCCCCAGCAGACUUAAUAUCAAUGCAAAUGGAACAAAACAACUCUCGAGUAUCUUUCGCCGGCUUUACAGGAUAUUUGCGCAUGCUUGGUUUUUGCAUCGAGGUGUUUUCUGGGAUGUUGAGAAUGAACAUGGCCUUUAUGUGUUUUUUCGAACUGUUUCGGACAAGUAUAAUCUAAUCCCGGAAGACAACCUCACAAUUCCUAGCGCGGCCUUUGACGGCACUGCUAGAGAUGAUGGUGCUGAUUUCAUAAGGGCCAGCCUAGAGAAUAAAGGCUCCGAGCAUGAUUCAGACCUUGAGGAUGAUUUGGAUCAGGAUACUAAUGAUUCCAAUGGUCGCGAAAUCCCGGUCAUUCUCAACAAUAGUGUAUCCCUAGACGAUGUAUCCGAGAAAAUAGAUGGUAGCCAACCUAAAGAGGUCACCGAUUUCGGUGGACCUAUGCCAUCAGAGGACUUCCCUUUGUUUGUUCUCUCUAGAGAGGGUGGAGGGCUACCUAUAUCAAGCCGAAGCGAAGAGCUUGAAUCAUCUGGUACUGAUGCAGUGCCCCUCGGCUUCCAGGGUGAUACUUCAAGCUCCAAUGGGCAUCAGAUUGAACUCAAGCUUGAUAUUGGUGGCGAUGAACCCCCUGAGAGGUAA